AUGGAUAGGCUGUACAGGGAGGUCAGCGAGGAGUUUUUGGCAGGCCUCAGGAAGUAUAUCAACGACGAGAUGUCCUACGCGGAGCUUGAGAGGCUUUCUACCCGAGAGGCUCUUGCCUUCAACAGCCAUAGGUGGGGUGCCGUUAUUGAGGAGAAGUCAUGCGAGGCUCUUAGGAUGAAGAGGAGAGUGUACGACGAACUCCUAGGGAUUGAGGAGAAGGUCAGGACGAUGGAGAAGAUGGAAAAUGGAAGGGAGUUCGAUGUUGAUCUUGCGGGCCUGGUAUCGCACUCCGAGAUUGUAGGACGGAACAGAUCGCAUCCGCCGGGAUAUGAAAACACCGACCUGUACUUCCCGCCAUUCCCUUCACUGGGCAUGGUGAGAUUCCUGAACGAUUCGAGCAUGGAAAGCUCUGAUGAUGACCAGGAGUCUGCGGCAGAUUAA